AUGGCCAGCCCGGGGCCCCGGCGCGGCGGGGACGGCGCCCCGGCCAGGGAAACAAGAACUUUUCGGGAGAUGGGACACUCUGAAUCCCUGGAUGAUACUUUGCCUUUGGAGGGGAUCUUGAAUAUAGAGGAUCUGCUCUUCCUGGGGGACUCAGGUGACUUCGAUGACACACUGUAUCUGGAAGAGACUGAGAAGCCUGAGGAGACCCUGUAUAUUGAGGAUGACAGGCAGCCCAGUGAGGCCGUGUGUGGGGAGGAAGCUGUGAAGCCGGAGGAGACACUGCGUGCGGAGGAGCCUGUGAAGCCGGAGGACACACUGCGUGCGGAGGAGCCUGUGAAGCCGGAGGAGACACUGCGUGCGGAGGAGCCUGUGAGGUCGGAGGACACACUGCGUGCGGAGGAGCCCGUGAAGCCGGAGGACACACUGCGUGCGGAGGAGCCUGAGAAGCCGGAGGAGACAAGCCCAGAGCAGAUGGCUUAUGGGGGAGAGACGGCCACCAAUGAAGAGAAGCCUGACCCCGAGAGCCGUGGAGCCGGGCCUAGCCCCAGCACAGAGGAGAGCCUGAGCAUAGAGGACCUAGAAUUGCUCGAGGGGCGUUUCCAGGAAUGUGUCCAAGCUGUGUCCCAGCUGGAAGAGGAGCGGGAUCAGCUCAUCCACGAGCUGGUGUUGCUCCGGGAGCCGGCUCUCCAGGAGGUGGAACAGGUGCACCAGGACAUCCUGGAUGCCUACAAACUGCAUGCUCAGGCCGAGCUGGAGCGGGAUGGGCUCCGGGAGGAGAUCCAGCUGGUCAAGCAGAAGCUGUUCAAGGUGACCAAGGAAUGCGUGGCCUACCAAUACCAGCUGGAGUGCCGCCAGCAGGACGUGGCCCAGUUUGCCGACUUCCGGGAAGUGCUGACCGCACGGGCGGCCCAGCUCUCGGAGGAACUGGCCGGGCUCCGGGACGCCUACCAGAAGCAGAAGGAGCAGCUGCGGCAACAAAUAGAAGCGCCUCCAAGCCAGGGGGACGGACAAUUCCUGCAGGAGAGCCGGCGGCUCUCGGCCCAGUUCGAGAACCUCAUGGCAGAGAGUCGCCAGGGCCUGGAGGAGGAGUACGAGCCGCAGCUGCUGCGGCUCCUGGAGAGGAAGGAGGCGGCUGCCAAAGCCCUGCAGAAAACCCAGGCGGAGAUCCAGCAGAUGAGGGAGGCGCUGAGGCCCCUGCAAGCGGAGGCCCAGCAGCUCCAUCUGCUAAACAGGAACCUGGAGGACCAGAUCACACUUGUGAGGCAGAAGCGCGACGAGGAAGUGCAGCAGUACAGGGAACAGCUGGAGAAAAUGGAAGAACAACAGACACAGCUAAGAAGCGGGGUGCAACUCCAGCAGCAGAAGAACAAGGAGAUGGAGCAGCUACGGAUCAGCCUUGCUGAAGAGCUUUCCACUUAUAAGAGCUGUUUAGAAAUGUAUGGCCGAAUCUGUAACCCAGAAACCAAAAAAGCUUCCUAA